GCUUCAAAUAUGUUUGGAUUUUGGUAUUGUAAUUUGUAUUGAAUUAGAAAUGGUCGAUCUUUGACUUCGCUAAGUUCGCGUUAUUUUGAUUUAAUUUUUUGACCUACAUUUAACAAAGUAAAAUUAUAAGACAAAUGUAGACCUUAAGUAUUAUCUUUACAAUUUAAUGUUAUUCAAGUUAAUUUCUAGUUAUUAACGAGAAAGUAAUGCUUUAAAAUGCCUAGUAUUAGAAAAUAUCGACGUGACACUACCGAAGUUAGCUGUUGCCUUAAAUAUGUUAUUUUUGGAGUGAAUGUCCUUUUUUGGUUUCUUGGACUUAUUGUACUAGCAGUGGGUAUUUGGGCAUGGACUGAAAAGGACACCUUUAGUAAUCUUUCAAGACUCACAAAUAUUGCAUUAGAUCCUGCUUUUAUAUUUAUAUGUAGUGGGACAAUUACAUUCAUUAUUGGGUUUACUGGUUGCAUUGGAGCAUUGCGUGAGAACACAUGUUUGCUAGCUUGUUAUGCUGUUUUUCUUGCCUUAUUGCUGCUCGCUGAAAUGACAGCUGGCAUAUUAUUCUUCGUCUUCAAAGAUUGGAUUAAAACCCAAGCCACAACUGGAUUUCAAACAUUUAUCACUCACUACAGAGAGGAUCCUGACCAACAAAACUUAAUUGACUGGAUUCAAGAAGAAUGGUUACAAUGCUGUGGAGUAGAAGGUCCUCGUGACUGGGACAGGAACGCCUACUUCAAUUGCUCAAGCGGCGUUGUUGGUUCGCGCGAGGCUUGCGGCGUUCCUUUCAGCUGUUGCCGCACGAAACCGCAAGAUAUUAUACGCAACAAACAGUGCGGUUAUGACGUCAGGAAGCCGACUUAUCAAGUUAGCGAACACGUAAUACACGAGCGAGGUUGUUUGGUAGCGGGUGAAGAUUGGCUCCAACGACAUUUUGCGCCCGUCGCAGCUACAGUCUUAGGACCAUUAGCGUUGCAGAAUUAUGAUAUAGCUAAGAUAAUAUAUGAAAAAGGAUGUUUAGAGGCUGCUGAAGAAUGGUUUGAUCACAAUUUGUUGGUAGUUGCUACUUCUGCUGUUUGCACUGCUUUUGCACAAAUUCUUGGAAUAUGUUUCGCACAGAAUCUCCGAGCUGACAUAUUCGCGCAAAAGUCAAAAUGGCACUGACAAUCAGCCUCUCCUGCCGCCGUGUGACGUCACAGACGUAACACCCGCGACCUCUAUCUGCCGCUCUACACUCACUCCUAAUGCCUGGAUACGUCCAUAGAUGGCGCUAACUUCAAGAAUCUUACGGUAUUAUUUUUGUCCUUUAAAAGAAAAUAUCUUAACUUGUUAAAACACGUUUAGUUACGCAUGGUCACAGUUAAAGUCAUAUUGGAUUUUACAUAUGCAUGGCUGAGCGUUGAGCAUGCAAAUUAAAAAUGUUAUAAUUAAACAGCUUUUAAGAGUUAUAUAUUUUCUUUUAAUUUUUUAUUAAUUGUUAUAGCUUUAAAAUCUUCAAAAUUUGUCUUUAAUCUCGUCUUGCUGCUGUGUGCUUGACUUGGAAUUCUUCACCUUUCUCUAUUUAAGAACUCAAUGAACAAUGUUAGAAUUAAUAUAGUAAAGGUUGAGUCGACUUACUUCUGACAUUACUUUUGGUUACAAAAGGGUCCUAACGGUACGAAGUUUUUUUCGAAAAUGAUAAAAAGACGAAACAUGAAAGGGCUUCCUAACUAAUGGAAAACUCCUGAAUUCAAUAUAUUUUGAAUACCUUAACGUAGAUAAACGCGAAUUAAUUACAUUCUUUACAUAAUUAAAAUUCGUGAGAAUACAGAGUAAGUCGAUUGUGCCUUCUUUGCGCAAAUGAAUUUUUCAGGGCGUAAU